AUGGUGUUAGAUCUUGAUCAACCUCAUCAAGAUUUAUUUAAAAUAUAUUCGAAUGAUGAGCUUAACAAUAUUCAAGAAUACAAUAUACUUAAAAAAUGUAAAAAAUCAACAGAAGAACAUGAUUUUAUCGAUGAUGUCUACUGUCUCUUGAACCAAAAAUCAGCCAUAGAAGGCAAUUUCAUUGAAUGCCAUUCUUAUGAUGUGUGGUUUUCUCUUCGUUCUGAAUCGGAAAAAAUACAGCAUCAAAAGCAUUAUGAGCUUACCCCAAGAUGUGCAGAUUUUGCGAUCAAAACAUGA